AUGUGCCAGCCCUUUAAAUCAGAAGGGGCACAUGGUGCCGAGGGACUGCUACUACUGCAACAGCUCAUCUUCAGAGGAAGAGGAGGCACAGGCCUGAAGAAGAAGAAGAAGAAGAAACACAAGACGGCGGCGACAAUGGGGUGCCGGUCCUGCGAGAAGCCCAAGAUGAACUACCGGAAGGGGCUGUGGUCUCCUGAGGAGGACCAGAGGCUCAGGGACUACAUCCUCAAGCAUGGCCUCGGCUGCUGGAGUGCUGUCCCUGCAAAGGCUGGUCUCCAGAGAAAUGGCAAGAGCUGCCGCCUGCGUUGGAUCAACUACUUGCGGCCCGGGUUGAAGCAUGGAAUGUUCUCUCAGGAGGAGGAAGACGUUGUCAUCAACCUUCAAGCCAAGCUGGGCAACAAGUGGUCUCAGAUUGCGAUGCAUCUGCCAGGGAGGACCGACAACGAGGUGAAGAACUACUGGAACUCGUACCUGAAGAAGAGGGUGAUGCAGGCCCAGGGCGUGUCGUCCAACUCCAGCCCCAAGAGCCCACCCGAGCUCACCUCCAUGAGCACCACCGAGCUGUCGUCCAUGUCCAUGUCCAUGCACCAGCACCCGCACCACCACGUCAAGAACGGCGGCGGCGGCACCACGACAUCGCACGACCACGACGUCAACAUCAGCAGCAGCCACGCGCUGUCGGCCCCGGCGGCGGCGCCUCUCGCCCAGCAGCCGUUCGAUCACCAGGCCCGGAGCUUCGUGUUCUCGGACUGGGCGCCGGCGGCGCCGGAGAGCUACUCGGUGUCCACGCACUGGCCCGCCUCCACGGCGAGCUCCGGCAACGUGACGCCGUCGCACGGCGGCGGGGGCGCCUUCGGGGACCAGAUGAGCGGCACCUACGGCGCCGGCGCGCUGCCAACGCACCAGGAUCACCACCAGAGCGCCGCCGCCACCGCUGGCAUUGCAGGGAGUGGCUACUUUGACCUGCUCAAUAUGGGAGACAUCUACGGUGGGUUCAGCUCCACGAACGAUGAUCUGCUCUUCUGA